AAACGCUUCUUCGAAGUCACGCUAUAUAGCACUUCGUAACAAUGAAGACCAAAGUAAUCAUCCUCUUAGCGUUGCAAAUGCUGACGUUGGUGAUAGCCGAUCGAAGCCAGGAAAAUGGAAACAGUUUGGAACAUUUAGAAGAAAAGCUCACGAGAGCGAUGGACGAGAUCAACAGAAAGGACAUCAUUGACAUUUACGGCGAUAUGAUAACCCUGGAAAAAGUUUUGGAAGAUGAGGAAUCGUCGGAAGAGAGCGCUGAUCCGCUUGUGAGCAGGAUCGAAAAAUUUCUGAGAACUCGAAAAGUACAAGUUAAUCUUCCUAAUGACGCUUCAACCGCUGGAUUGUUCGCACGCGCUCUUGGUCAGAGAAACAUCGACAUAGAACUUAGAAGCUUGGCACGUGGAACAUCCGAAGCGCGCACGAAAUUGAAGAGGAUGAUCAUGCCACUUUUAAUCCUGCUGAAGCUAAAAGCAAUAAUCGUUCUACCUAUCGUAAUUAGCCUGAUCGCAUUGAUAGGUUUGAAGGGCUUGGGCGCUGGCCUUAUGUCGCUCUUGAUUUCUGGCGCGGUAGCCUUGAAGGCCCUUGUCACUCCACCGCCGCCACCAAGAGUCUCCUACGGAAUUAUAAAGCCGCACGAAAUUCAUCACGAUCACUGGCACAGGUCAGAAGAAGAGGUCAAUCAACCUUACAGAGGCUGGGCACCGGAAUACAACGGCGAACAUUAUCCAUACCAUCAUGACAUUCCAUAAAAUGCAAUGUCCCAUUUGCCAUUCGCAUCUGUUUAUUUAUUUAUUUAUUGUGUGUUUGCAUGUGCUUGCUUUAUAAAAUAAAAUAAAUUAUCUUUUUAUAAAAUUUUGUCUUGAUCAUUGUGAGAUAUCGGCAAGUUAUUAGAGACGUUGUAUCAUCGUGACAUCGACGCAUUGUCAAAAAUGUCGUAUCACUGCGACAUUGGUAAAUUGUCAAGCUCAGAUAUGUCAUAUCUUAUUAAGACUCGACCUAAAUAUGCAUGUGUUAUUCGCGACAUUGAUAAUAAGGAUUAUUUUGCGGCAAAAAUUUUACAAUUUGUAAAUAAUUAAAUAAAUAUCGAAAAAGAGAGCUGUAUACACAUAUACAUAUAAAUAUACAUAUAUAGCCAUAAGCAGGUCACUCAGUCGGCCAGACGAGAAGGCUAAUGACCUACAUGGAAGUUCACGGACGGAGGGAAGAUAGAAGGAUGUUGCGCGGGUGGGAGAAGCGGAGAAAGAUCGGAUCAAGGUGGGGAACUAGGAAGAGGAAGGAAAUGAGGUUACUAUGUCGGGAGCAAGGUAGGAAAGCGGACUGUGGUUGUGAUUGGUCAACCGUGUUCCCCCUCGAUGCUUCGCACGUAUCAAGGUCAGUGUGUCAAUGCCUCCACGUGGUUCUCCACUUCUACCAGCAGAUACGAUCGUGGCCUUCGUAGUAGGGAUUAAAAUAACGGCAUCGGUUGUGAUUAGUCGCUCGAGAGAAGUGGAAGAGUGAAUACAAGUAUAUAUAGGCUGUUUGAGAGGCCAGCACCGUCGAGAAGUAACGAACAUGAUGAGAAACGCAAGCUCUGAUCGACUGAUGCUGAGGCAUUCUUUUUUCAAUAAUAUAUUUAUAAAAUUGCAGACACUCUGCAAGUAGUGAACAUUUUUCAUACGAUUCUAUUUUCAAAUUCUGUUUUAACAAAAUAUUAUUUACAAUUGUACUAUUUAGUUAUGUAAAAUUAUUCGUUUAUAUUGUCAAAUAAUUGGGACUUUCUUUAUUGUAAUAAUAAUUUAUAAUAAUAAUAAUAAUAAUAAAAAUAUACAAAAGAAUAUUAAUAAAAUUUAUCAAUAAAUUUGAGAAUAUAGUUGUAUAAACUUUUCUUACAUGAUAAUAAAAGAAUUGUAACCGUAUAAGUUACGAGUCGUCAAAAUUGCGAAUUGUAUAUUUUUAUAAAUAAAACUUUCUUCAUUUUUAA